AUGGCGCGUACAUUGCAUGGCAGCGACGCCGAGGCAGACGGGCUGGAAAUACGUGGCAUAGCAUCCAAACGCACUCCAGAGUACACAGAAGAGGCGCGGGCGGCAAAGCGUCCGGUGGUGCGCGAAGAAACGCCGUUUCACGACCGCCAUACCACCGUUUCUCGCGCAUUUCUCCCCCGCGGCACGGACGCAAAUCUGAUGUCGCGCGUCGGCAAGGAACGACGAGACGGUGCAGACCCCGCCCUCACUGCAAAGCUGGCCACAUUUCAUACCCUCAAACAGCAAGGUACGCACUUCAACGCGACACUCGCGAAAAAUCGUGCGUUCCACAAUCCCCAUAUCUACGAGAAACUCGUCAAGUGGGCCGAGCUGGACGAGCACGGGAGCAACUACGUCGCUAUUGCAAAAGCGCGCGGCGAUGCGCCACCUUGGGAUCCAAAAGACGUAGCGGUGCUUGCGCAAGGGAACAUCGAGCGCCUUGGUACGUCCUAA